GGUGGAACAGUUGGACAGGGUUGGGGCUGCCUCGAGGCUCCUGUGAGCACGGCGUGUCCCCCAUCCAGGACCAGCUUCCAGUGGGAGCUGGCACUUCUCACAGUUCUGGUUCUGGAGUGAAAAGGGGUCUGGGGUCCUGGGGCAUGGGAGGUCCAACAGCUCUCACUGGGUUCUCAGGAGCUGGUUGGGCAUCAGCCCUUUAACUAGUCUCCUUUGGGAGACCUUCUGGUUCUUCCUAUAGGAUCCUCUCGUGACAUCAACCUGGGUUUUGGGGUGCCAUCUCUUUUUGGGGGUUGGAUGAUCACAGCCCUGGUCCUGAGCCCUUCCCACAUCCCCAGUUCUGCCCCAGCCCUGCUCAGUGAGCAGAGGGAGGCAGAACCUGGGGAACAGCCAGGUUCUUUAUGAGACCCAUCUGUCACUUCCCGGAUGUCACUUCCAAGAUGCCGCAUGUGAAACCUGAUGCCUCUUUCUGGUACUUUCCAGAGGUGGUGGCCAUCUGGGAUGUCGUGUCUGUGUACAUCCUGGGGCAGAUGAAGCAGGACAAGGGUGUCCUGGUCCCAGGACUAGGGACCUUUGCUGUGGUCCCUGAGCAAGCUGAUGGUGCAGAAGAGGUGUGUGUAGUCCGAAGACCUGUGUUCCAGUUGGACAUGGAUGUGUCCUGUCUGCAGGAGCUGAUGUUCCCCACAGUGAUGAUCCCUGGUGACAUUGAGAUCGCACCACUGGAUUACUGGUGGCUGUCACAGACCACGUCCCUCUCGCCAGACGUACUGAGGGACUGUGUGGAGGAGACCGUCCUCCUAUACUCCUUUCAGCUGAGGGACAGGCAGCGCCUUGCCUUCGCCUUUGGGGACAUUGGCGUCCUGUCGUGCCAGGACAAUGUCCUGUGCAUGCAGUUCCACCGCAGCUGCGUCAAGAAGCUGGAGAACUGGGACACCUGGGUGGCUCUACUGCUCACUAGGCUGUGUGUGCCAGAUGCUGGUCUCAGUGAUGGAGCGACCGCUGCUGGGGGGAUGCAGGCUGCAUGGGCUCACUCAUUCCCCAGGUUUCAGCUUGCUGUGUCUGAGGCUUUCUCCACCUGGCACACGAAGGUUGCAGAGAAGCACAGGGUCAGAACAGGGGCACAGGAACAUCCUGACAAGUUUUCCCUCCCCAUGCUACCAAACCAGAGGCCAGGCAUGAGGCAACAAGAGCCAAGGAUGAAGCCAUCUGCCAGUGUGCUCCCCCUGUCCCCAGGCAUCUUUCCUGGAAUGGGGGAGACAGGUGGGCAGGAGUCAGCUCCUUCGACCAGGCUCGACACCACACUCCUGGCCUCUGAGAACUGCCAGAAAGCACUGCAGGAGGUCUGUCAGCUGUCUGCAGAGUGGGAGCACGGGAAUUCCUGCUGGAGAGAGCAGAAGGUGGAAUGGGUGGCGUGGGAAGCCUGGGCUGCCAGGGAGGAUCAGCAGGUGCCCCAGGUAUCUGGCCCUGGAGGUCCUUGGGCUCCCCAUCCUUCACUUCAGCCCAAGAGAAAGGGGGUCACUGUGACAUGGGGGAGGGUUGGAACCCCCCUCCCUGUGGACGAGAUGGUGGAGAGAUUCCAGCCUGGGACCAGGCACCUUUCCCCACGAGCCAUCCAGGUGCUCCAUGCGCUGGAGCCACAUCAGACACGGAGGAACAUCUUCACGUUUUUGGCUGAGAACAAGCGGCGGCGGCAGGAGCAACAGAAGCAGCUCUACAGCUCCAGGUGCUCGUCCAGUGGCCAAGGAGCAAGGGCUGGAGUGGUGGCUGCAGUCGUGGCUGGUAGUGACAGGUCUGGGAGGCUGCUCACCUGCUGAGGUCCACCCAUGGAUACAAAAUAAAUACUGCUGGGGAUGUUCCCACCUGGAC